CUUUAAGUUCGACAACCCGCCGCCAUGCAUCAACAUGAGGAGCAUGAGAAGUGCGGACAGUGCGUCCGUCACAAACAGUGCGCAAAGCCCACCUUCACGCCGCGGUACCUUCUGAAACGACAAGCAGUAAGUGGCAGUUCCGACGGAGGGGCGGGCACGGCGUCGGCAUCUAAGGGGUCUGGAGAAAUACCACAGCAACAACCCAAACCGACACAUUUUGUGUGUAUCCAAAUGAAUAACAAGAAGCUUCAAGAAUCAUUGAUGAAGGUUGAGGAUGACAUCGUAGAAAAGUACAAAAGCAAUUGCAAAGUUGACCUCUCAAGCAUCGUAAAAUCCCCUUCUGCAUAUCACAUCACUUUGAUGGCGGCCAAAAUCGAAAACGACAAGGUGUUGGAAAGGGCCAAAGAGGCUUUAGAUAAUUGUUACGAGACACAACUGAUGAAGUUUGAAAAUGAUCCGCUUACAGUGAAAAUGCAGGGAAUAGACGACUUUAGUGGAGAAAUUGUCUUUGCUAAAGUGAAACCCACACCAGAAAAGGGAAUUCUAGGCGAAAUAUCAAAGGCAGUGAGAGCAACCUUCAAACAGGCGUCAGUAAAACCAUUUGAAGACCGACCUUUCAUCCCACAUAUUACCAUUUUGCAUUUGUAUCCACACAUGAAAUAUGAGCUCGGUUUACGGAAAAUAGACCCGAAGUGUUAUGAGCCGUACAGGGAGAUGUACUUUGGCCAAAAAAAGAUCACCAGCGUGCAGCUGUGUAAAAUGGGCCGACCAAAACACGAACCUUAUUAUGAAAUUGCACACGAAGUUUUCUUUUGAAAUGUUGGAUGAUAUAGGUCUAUAGGUCUAAGUGAGUUAGAUGAAUAUUCAAAGAAUGACGUACUUUGUUUCCAGAGGAACAAAGGUGAAUCAAAUGAAAACGAAUAAUCAUUUUAAGUGAAUAAUUGAGUUAAUCAAUGUGU